AUGUUGUUGCGUCAUGACGCACGACGUCACGCGGCAGGCCCUGGUCAUGUGACUGGUGUUGCGAGGAAGCGCAGUCCAUCAGAAAAUCGUCCCGAGAUGAAUCGAAUAAUCAUGAACACCGUAUUUGCCUUUAUAGGACUUUUAUCAGGUGUUUUGGGGGACAGUUUGACAGUUCUGCGUAGCCCUCAGUAUGUGACUUUUCGGGAUGAGCAGUGGCCCAUAUCGGGUGAAAAGAUCCCAGAUUUAGUUUCUCUGACCAUGGGCUUCUCUGUUCGUGAGGAUCUCGAUUGGCCAGGUCUGGCUGCUGGCUCACUGUUCCAGCGUCCUCGUGCUAACGCUCUGAUCGUUGUGCGUGGCAUCGACAGCUUGGACUUUCCGAAAAACGUUUCCUCUUACCCUCUCGAAAAUCCGGUUCCGUUCACUCUGGACAGUGUGGCGAAUACAGUUCACACUCUGUUUGCUGACAGCACGCCUGUGGUCUUACAGCUUGCCCCCAGUGAAGAGAGGCUGUAUAUGAUGGGAAUGGCCAACACAGUCUUUGAGGAUCUUCCCGUCACUCUGCAGCAGAUUCGUGGACGUCUGUCCCAGGACGGAUCCGUUCUCACAUCCCUUCCUCUCGUCUCUCUCAGCCGCAACAAUGAGGCUGAUCUUCUGUUCCUCUCUGAGGUUCAGGUGCUGUAUGACAUCUCAGCUCUGUUGCAGAAACACAAGCAUCUGGCCAAAGAUCCUGCUCCUGAUCUUUACUCUCUGGAGCUGGCGGGACUGGAGGAGAUCGUCCGCCGCUACAGCACAGACUCGCCUCAGUACACCGACGCCACCAGGAUCCUCACAAUUGCUUUGCAGAAGUUUGCAGAUGACGUCUCCAGUGUUUACGGAAACAAUGCGGUUGUAGAAGUCGUGACCGUGAAGACAUUUGAAGUCCCUCUUACCAGAAAAUCACGCUCCAUUCUCGAGUCCAAGCAGAUCAGUAACCCUGGAAGCCCCUACAAUCUGGCCUACAAGUACAACUUUGACUAUGCUGUGAUCUUUAACAUCAUCCUGUGGCUAAUGAUCGUGUUAGCAUUAGCCGUCAUCGCUACCUCCUACAACCUCUGGAACAUGGAUCCAGGAUACGAUAGCAUCAUCUACAGGAUGACCAAUCAGAAGAUCCGAAUGGACUGAAGAAGUCCGUCGCAUUCCAUUCCAUUUGUGUGUGUGUGUGUGUGUUUGAAUGUGUAUGUGUGUGUGUGGUUUUUUUUGAUGUCGUUGUACAAAUGCUUUUGUCUUUAUGACUCAAUCGAACACAGAGAUAAAGAUUAUUUAUUGUUGGAGAAUCUUAAUCGUUGUAUGGUAUGAAUCUACUGAAGAGGAUGUAAAGAGUUCAGAUUUAACAUAUUUAUUAUUGUUUGUCGUUCACUUGAUUGUGCUCUUCACCGUCCUGAAGACUGGAUAUAGUGUAAUUACACCAUUCCUGUGUACAUUUGCUCUGAAUUGCUGUCAUUUUCAUUGAGUAGAGCUAGAAAGUGGGAAAUGAGACGUUUAAAGUGUGAUGUUUUGUUGUGUAUAGAUGUUGUUCAUGCUUGGUGUACAAAUGCAAGUGUAACCCAAAUAAUAAAUCAAAAUUCCAUCACUUAAAA